UCAAUAGGUACUAAGGUAGAAGUGGGAGGGGAUUUCCAGGUUUUCGUGUCUUGUGACACUGAUUCCAGGCAUUUCAAGAUGCAGAAUAUCAUCAAUUCCGUGAAGGGAACAGCCCUUGGAGUUGCAGAAUAUCUUACACCGGUUUUGAAGGAGUCAAAGUUUAAGGAAACAGGAGUAAUCACACCAGAAGAGUUCGUUGCAGCAGGAGAUCACAUCGUACAUCAUUGUCCAACAUGGCAGUGGGCUGUGGGAGAUGAGACCAAAAUCAAACCAUAUCUUCCAAAAGACAAACAGUUCCUCAUCACCAGGAAUGUGCCGUGCUACAAGCGUGUGAAGCAGAUGGACAACCACCAGGAGGAACAGGAGAAGGUCAUCGAGGAGGACGACGAGGACGGUGGCUGGGUCGACACUCACCACUUUCCUGGUGAGCAGACAGUGGGCGCUGUUGGGGAUGCCGUGGCAGAGAUGACUCUAGACCCAAAGGGAGGAAGCAAGGCCACGGGUAAUGCAGCCGGUGAUGAUGAUGACGAUGAUGAUGACGAUGACGAUGGAGAGGCUGAAGACAUGGAGGCUUUUGAGGAGAGUGGGAUGCUGGAGGAAACGGAUGAGGGGACUCUUGACACGAGGAAAUCAGCAGUGUCAGAGAGCGAGGGGGCUGCUGGCGGGGAGAGCAGUAUUAUAGCUACCCGGACAUACGAUCUUAAUAUUACCUACGAUAAAUAUUACCAGACACCGAGGUUAUGGCUAUAUGGCUAUGACGAGAAUCGAAAACCACUAACAGUAGAACAGAUGUAUGAAGACUUCAGUCAAGACCAUGCUAAAAAAACUGUUACCAUGGAGGGACACCCGAAUCUACCUGGUCCUCCUAUGGCAUCAGUACAUCCUUGCAGACAUGCUGAUGUGAUGAAGAAGAUCAUACAGACGGUUGCUGAGGGCGGCGGCGAGCUUGGUGUUCAUAUGUACCUAAUGAUAUUCCUCAAGUUUGUCCAGGCAGUGAUACCCACAAUAGAAUACGACUACACUCGACACUUCACCAUGUAGUAACAACUCGUAUACCUCGUUACGAUGGAAACAGCAUUCCUGUGUUCAAUCAUUUCAGCAGUCAAAGAGAGUUGUCUACCCCUGGGCCACAGAUCACCUUGGGAGUGGUUUCUGUGAGGCUGACAACCAACAAGGCAUUGUACCAGUAACUGUGACCUAUCAUCAAUAUCAAAUUUCUAUGAAGAACCCUUUCAGGUGCCGGAGCCCACCACUGACAUCGUGUAAGAGACUGAGAUGAUGCUCACUGGCUGAAACCGACGAUUAUCUCAUCAACAUCAGAUACUCUUUUAUCAACAUUGAUAUAUUUGUCAGGAUAUAAUACCACAUAUACAGUUGUAUGACUUUUUUCCAUAGAGUUGGAGAAAAAAAUAUGUGUCAAGAACACGAAAGUAAUUGUAGUGGUUUAUGUCUAAAAAACAAUAAUAGUCUUGGUUCUCAGGCACCGCCCACAUCAUCAUAAAGUCUGCCGCAUCCGCAUGUUUUGUUUUAAAAAACCUAAUACACUAAUGUACUUAAAAACAAUGCGAUCGAGUAUAGUACACAGUUACUUUCCUUAACAUGCCCACUGCUAUACUGCACAUCCUGUGUUGUGGUCAUGGUGGCAGUACGAGUUUGUUUGCUUGUUUAUGUAGGGAGGCUCUUUCCCAGGUUGAUGGUACACAACUGUUUAUUUGGUUACAUACUAGUUUGAACAAGCUAAAAGAAAACACCGCACACCCACACAAAAUUUUCAAAAGUCAUUGCCUAAGAACCAAUUCUUUUAUUUAUUUAAGCCUAAUACAACAGUUUUCAUCUUUGAAUAAUUUAAUUGGAGAUUUAAUUUAAUUUAAGUUUGUAAAGUUUCCCUCAUUUCCAGAAAGGAAUGCCAUUUCUAAAUAGUAUGACUCUUGACUCUGACUUUUGAGCAAAAGAUCUUUCAGGUUAUAAAAAUGUUCAGCGGGCUUGUUAUUCUCCGAAGUCUGCAACAUCGUGGCCACCAUCCGAGUUGUCGUGGGUCCAGUAUGUAGAUCAUACUAAGAUGAAUGUGUCAUGAAUAUCUGUGAUUUUCUUUGUGCUUUAGUUUUGUCUGUCUGUAUCAUGUUUACAAUGGCAUAUGUAAAUCCGUCUUCACAAUUUAUGCAGUUGCUGAACAUGUUGAUUGUGCCCUGAUAAUGUGAUGCUGAUAUUGCUUGAAUCUCAUUAAGAUCAGGUCUUUUACUCCGAUAUUCUGUGUAUGAAGAUCUGAUGACACUCCACAGCAGGUCGCGUCAGGUCAACUUUCGUAUCAGCAUACCAGGGUUUAGUUUUCUAAAUUUUGGGUAUGGGUGAGCAAGCAGUCACACCAUCCUGAUAUCGGUAUCUCAAGGCGGAACUUCAAUGACCCAGUCUUUGAAUGGCAUUUGGAGGUGAUACACAUAACGAAGAGAAUUUAUGCAUCUCAACUUCUUUAUUAUGAGGAACAGAACGCUUCAGAGCAUAUACUUAAUCCUUCAUCAGGUGAAUGAAUGCUAUGAGGCAGAGAACAUAUAUAUGUACCUGUAAGAACAACAAAAGUAACAAAGGUGGAAUUUUAACAAGGGAAGCCAACAGUUAAUUGGUGCUGAUAGGUGAUUAGCAAAGGACAAAUGGAAGCCAGAAGCUAACAGUUAAUUAGGGCUGAUAGGUGAUAGUGAUUGACAACAGGAAGCCAGGAUAUUAAUGAUCACUGACUGGUAAUAGGCAAUGAACAAUGUGCAAAUGGGGGACACUGACUAAUAGACUGGACAUGGCAAAGGACAAAUGGAAGACAGCUGGAUAAUUAGCACAGACAAUAAUCAAAGCAAUAAGUCCCAAGCACUGGGCAGAUAGGUUCCCAGGUCACGAUUCAUGGCUGGCUGGUGUCGCCUCAUGUCAAUGGCUUCUUGUAAGUUUUUCUUCCAUAAACGACCAGUUCUGAAUGUAAGUAAUUAUCCCAGCACCUUUGGGAUAUUUUAUACACCCAGUUGUUUCCCAGGGCCAUGGCAUCUACUUCCAAAUGCCGUCCAUAGAAAGAAAAGCAAAUUCUCUGUUGGUUUUCUUUUAUUAUGAAUGACAUUUCCUGAUCGAAGUGAUUGAGAAAUGAAGUCGAAUUGUUUCUGAAAUCUGAUUGGCUCUAGAACCAAAACACCUUCAUGUAGAUUGGCGGACAUUCUGUGGAGGUGUUGUAGGAUUUUAACACAGGUGUAUCAUAUCGGAGUCAAAGAUCAGAUUUUAAUGAGAAGGCAGUGUUUCUGAUUUUUCAGUUUAUGUUGGAACAAUCUGUUGAACAAUGAUUUAGUAAUCUGUUGUGUAAGUUUCAGGUUUAGUUAGGUAAAUGUUGACACUGAUAUUGUUUAGGGGCCACACAUGGUUCCUAUUGUGAUAAUCCAACAAACUAAUGACAUUAAGUGUUGAAUUAUCGAACUGACAUCGCGAGUACUUCACAGGUUUGUAUUCACCAUGUUCAUCAAUCACUUGUGAAUACAGACAGACUUACUAUUACUUGCAUAGCAGCCCCGUGUGUUCCGGGGUGAUGGAGGAACAUAGCCUGUACACAAACCCAUGAAGUGUUGACCUUGCAAUACUGCGGAAACAUUCGGUCUGUGCGACCAAGUAUAGAAGGGGGCACGGGUGGCCCAGUCAUCUAAGGCGCCCGAUUCGCUGUGCAGAGUUGCGUCCCUUGGCCACGCCAGAAACCUAUGAUUGUGGGUUGGAAUCCCGGGUUGCCCCGAUUAUGUUUCUAGGUUUGUCAGCACCAUACCCGUACUCGUGGGUUUCACCGAAGUGGUAAACGUCUGAGACCUGCAUCACUUCGGGCUUUCCUCCCUUAUUAAGCUGACACGCCGUGAUAUAACUGGAAUACUGUUAAAAUCGGCGUUAAACCCAACUCACUCACUCACUCUUCAGAUAGUCCUAAGUUUUUAGGCAGAUCAAUGUUUUCAAAAAGAACUGUUACAGGUUUUGAUGGAAAGAAUGCAUUUUGCAAAUCCCUGAUUCAUAGUAGUUUGUUUUAACUUCCAUUUUUAGGAAAUUAAAGCACUUCAAUAUCAAUAGGCAUUUCAAAAUAUAGUAUUUUGUAUGCUAUUCAUUUCAAUUGUUAGUAGUAUUCUUUGUUCUUGACCUUUUAAUCGUUAGAAAGUCCCAAAAAUAUAAUCAUCAGACCUUUUGUGAAAAAUCUGAGUCAAUUCAAAUCUAUUGGGCAGUUGCAAUUCUAGUUAUUGUGAUAUUAAUAGUAAAUUGAAAUAUUAAAAAACAAAUAAUUAAAACAUUCAGAGACUUCACCUCCAAAACAGUUUUUCUUGUUAUUACUUCCUUUUGUAGCCUUGUACAAAUAACAAUAUAAUAAUAUAAUUAUAAUAUUUUGUAUUGACCAAAUGACAGAUAAUAUAUUUGGUUUUGUUGUAACCAAACUGCAAAAUGUGGUGAUCGAUUGCAAAUGCUGUAUGAAUUUUGUUUGUUGGCACACUGUGAAGAUCUGCAAAAUACUGAUCCAGACAUUGCCAGGUCCAACUUUUCAAAAGUUCUUCUCAUAUCGAAAGGAAGAACAAUUAAAUGGUGCUUAACUUGCAUGUGGCUUUCAUUUCUUGAGGCCUAACGCCAGCAACGCUUUUAGUUUUUGAGGAAAGCUUAUUCACACUGUGGGAGUUACAAUAUGAUGGCCCUCAAAUUGGUAUUCUUAUUCCCCAUUUGUGAAAUUUAGGGUCGAUGGCGCUGUGUACUGAGUAACACCAUGGCUUCAGGUGUUGUUAUGGUUACCUGGGAGUUAAAGUUUACAAAUUCAUUGCGGUAAAUCUUUUCCUGUUUCUGAGUUCAUAUUUCACAUACUGUUCAUUCCGAUGUAACGCGUCUUAUUUAAAGUCUUUCUACAUGCAAAUAUCCAGAAAGGAAAGCCAUGUAGACUGUUUGUUUGUUUCUUAAGAUUUCUUAAAGAAGGACUCCUCCCUACAACCUGUAAACUGUCCUGUGUGAUAUGAUAUAUAUAGCCUGAUAAUGAUACAUGAUAACAAUAAUAUAGCACCAAGUCCAGCUAGUUUGCUCAAAGGUGCCUUUCCAUGAUAAUUACCCUGGCCAAUAGAUCAGUGUGCACUCGUUUUUCAUUCUCAGCUUCCUGGGGAGUAUACUACCCAAGCUGCCUGUGAGGUUCUAGAAUCACAUGGUUACUGUUGGGUAAACAGAGGCACAUUUUGAAGAAAGUCACUUUUUGGAGGUGCCACAUUUAACAUGAUGGAGAUCAGAUGGACACAAUGGCCACCAGUGUGGACUGAGUCAACUGAUAACAGAUUCAAUUAUAUCAAUUGUAUCAAUUCCUAAACUAAUGGUUUGUCUCUACCAGGUAGAUUGGUUCUAGGUAAUUAGUUUAUGAAUAUCAACAAGCUGUCACCAGGAUGAGUGUGUCACCAUUCAAAUAGUUUCCAGAUCAGUGCUAGCACUAUCAGAUACUGGUUUGUCUGGUCAGGCUUAUUAAAUGACGGGAGGUCGGGUAGCUUAGUGGUUAAAGCAUUCGCUCGUCACACCGAAGAACGGGUAUCGAUUCCCGACAUGGGUACAAUAUGUGAAAUCCAUUUCGGGUGUCCCCCCCGUGGUAUUGCUGGAAAAUUGGUCAGGCGGUCCAGCCGACAGAGCUUGCUCCGGUGUGACGUCAGGCGGUCUUGCCGACAGAGCUUGCUCCGGUGUGACGUCAGGCGGUCCAGCCGGCAGAGCUUGCUCCGGUGUGACGUCAGGCGGUCCAGCCGGCAGAGCUUGCUCCGGUGUGACGUCAGGCGGUCCAGCCGGCAGAGCUUGCCCCGGUGUGACAUCAGGCAGUCCAGCCGGCAGAGCUUGCUGCCGUAUGACGUCAGGCAGUCCAGCUGGCAGGGAAGAGUCCGUCUUUUAAAUAUCUUUAUUUCCAGCCUUCAAGUUAUGUUCAAUGUUCAGCUAAAUGUAUAUUUCUCUGCUGAUUUUAUUCUCAUGUGCUUUCAUUUCAUGUAGGUAAAGUCUGUGUAUAUAUUUCAUACUGUAUAACAGAGUAUUUGUACACAGGCAUUUUAUUGAUUAAAUAUAUGUGAAGAUAUUAUGCUCA